CUAUCAGGGGAUCUACCCUAAUAUUAUAACACACGCGAUAAUUAGUAUUACGUUUUGGCGCUGAGGGUGCUGACAAUACUUUUCAAAUUUAGUUCCACUUGUUUGCCGUCCGGUGGUAGCACUAUCCACUUUUCUUGACUUUCCCGUAACUUCAAUCAAAUAGCAACUAGUGCGAAAUAAGUACCUAAUUAGUCACGAAAUAAAUACAACUUCAAAAUAAGUGAUAAACUGAACUCAACAAAGUAUUGUCAUCUUUUAUAAUGAACCUGCAAGAUUUCUGCAAAUCUCUGCCAAAACUAGAGCUUCAUGCCCACUUGAACGGCUCUCUCAGUACAGAUACUUUAAAGAAACUGUAUAAAAUGCAAAAUCCAAAUUCAGAGGACUGUGAGAAUAUAAUUAUGAACGUCGAAAACUUUUCAUCGUUAGGCGAAUGUUUCAAAGUAUUCGAUGUAGCACAUUCCUUAACAGUAACACCAGAAGCAGUUUUCCAUUCAGCAUAUGAUGUAAUUGAGGAAUUCAAUGCAGAUAAUGUAAUAUAUUUAGAACUUAGGAGCACACCUCGUGCUAUCGAUGGGCAAAUGUCGAAACAAGAAUACAUAGAAGCAAUUAUAAAAGCAUUUCGGCUCUGCAAAACUGUUUUUCCAGACAUACUUGUAAAGCUUUUGAUAUCUAUUAAUCGUAAGCAAGGGUAUAAGUCAGCAGAGGAGAACAUAGAUUUAGCAAUAAAUUUCUUUAAAAAAUAUCCACAGUACAUUGUUGGUCUUGAUCUCAGUGGAGAUCCAAUGACUGGAGAUGCAUUUUUAGAAUUAUUGAAAAAAGCAAGAAUAGCUGGCUUGAAAAUAGCUGCCCAUUGUGCAGAGAUUUCAAAUGAAAUAGAGACAAAAGACAUCCUUGAAUUUAAACCCGAUCGAUUAGGUCAUUGUACUUGUGUUCAUCCAAAUUUACAGGGGUCAAAUAAACUGUUGGAUAUGUUGUUUACUUCAAAAAUUCCUGUAGAAUUGUGCCUAACAUCAAAUGUUCAGUGCAAGACAGUACCUUCUUACGAGUCCCAUCAGUUCAAAUAUUUUUAUGAAGCUAAACAUCCUAUUUGCCUUUGUACCGACGAUAAAGGCAUUUUUCGUACAUCCUUGUCUAAAGAAUACGCCAUAGCUAGUUCAACGUUUGGUCUAGGACGAGAAGAACUCGUAACAUUGUCUAUGUUAGCCGUGCAAUAUGCUUUCGCAACAGCAGAAGAGAAGAGUCUGCUGUUGUCUAGGAUUGAAGGAUUUAGUUGUGAAACGAAUAAAUGAGUUAGCGAUAUAAAAGUAAUGUCGAUUUUAUUCGUUAUGAUAUUCGUGGGCUCGUUUACAUAGAUUUACAGAUAACUAAGUAAGAUACUUAUGAAGAACUAUAAUAGUUAAAUGUCAUCAGUGUUCUGUUUUUGCCUUCGAUAAUAUCAUAUAUAAUAUGUACAACAUUUAUAAUAAUUAUUACAAUAUUAUGCUUGUAAACGUGGUGCUGCAUCUUUGUUUCGGUAUCGAUUAAGAAAUUAAUAAUACCUAUAAAUUGACGCGCAUCGCGCGGUCCGAUAAACAUUAACAAUCGCCUCGCAAGCUUCGUACUAAAAUCACAAUCGAUCGCUACGAAAGUACAAUAUUGCGAAUUCUCACGAGUUACAUUUUGUGGUGUGCUACACUUUUGAUAUCAUACCUUUACGUCAGCCUUCCAUUCAUUAAUUUUCGGUUUCUGAACGAACCAAAAAUGAAGAGGGCAAACUUAGCACCACUCGAAAAAAUAUUAGAGUACCUCUGAAAGGCAAACCUUGAAUCGAUUUUAAUCCUUUGUGGACAAUCGACGCAUACAUGCGCUUAAUCAGAUUUUACAUGUCGUCCCAUAUAAAGUGUUACAAGCUUUAUUAAGAAAACAGCUUGAAACAAUUUAUGCUGGACACCCUGUAUAUAUCCAACCGUGGAAGAUUAGCAUCUUGCUCUAAAAUGGAUGUCCGUAAAGGGUUAAUCCCAAGAUGGUUGCUCAAACAUUGGUUCCAGGACCACCAUUUUCACGCGAAAAGUUCAUUUUUUAUUUUAUUUUUUACUCGUAUUAGAACCGUUACUCGCUAUCACGCCGUAACAAGUAGAUAAUAGUAAAUAGCUGCGAUAAUACUAAUAGUAAUGAUUAGGAAUAGCAGUAAAUAUAGUCGUAAUAAUAAUAUUGACGAUGACAACAAUAUCGUUCUUAAUAAUCAUGAUAAGAAAUUAUUUCUACCAUAUGUAUGUAAUAUUCAUCCUAUAUAACAGUCUUUUUGGCCUAACCUCCGAACUAUAAACAAUAAAACAGUUUCAUCCCUUCUCGUCUGCAUCGUUAUCAUCGAUUCACGUAUAUCACCUAAGAUGAUCGAAAACUAUUAUUUCUCAUUCUUUCCGCCGUCUACUCAGAGAUCGGUGAACAUUCGUGAACUCUCUUUCUACAUGCUUCUCAUCCUAUUACUGUCGCGCGUUCUACAUUGCUAAUAUCUUACCCUCGCUAAAUCUUUUAAUCCUAACGACUAUGACUAAAAGGAUGUAUUUUACUUCCUCAGCGCCUCGCGAAUACGAGUCUGUUUGUUUGUCUCUAAAAACGCGUAUGUCCAUUCUGCCAAGAUUCUUUCGGCGCGUUACAUGUAUACAUACUAAGUUUUAUGUAAGAUUAAUAUUCUAAUUUAUUUAUACAAUUAUAAAUUUGUUUUUUUUUUUCGGGGUUUUGCGGUUCAUAGAGCCCUGUCGCGUGGUACACAACGUAUCGAACUGGUCCAAGUCUCGUCGUCGAUAAACGCGUCGUCCACUGUUCAAAGACCACGUGAACAUUUGAAUCUUAUGCAAGGGUAAAUGCCUUCGACUAACGUUUGUUCCUCUCGCGCCAAAUAGAACGUGGUGGUUGGUACGAGAAUGUCGAGAAGUAAAAGAGAAGGAAAGAAGCGGGUAGAGUUGAACCACGGUGGUCUUUUCGUUCCACCGAAUAAGAUCUGCGACGAAAGAGACGGUAGACGAAAAUUAGAAUUAGUUCUGCGUAGAGGAAUAAAAAUCAUGAUACACAAAUUUUCCUUUUUCUCUAAAUCUAACAGUAAUAAUAAUAAAAAGAAUAGUAACAGCUUAUGCUCUCGUAUAUAGUCGCACUGAGUUCUGUCCCUUGCAAGUGAGAAAAAAACGAAAAAAAAAAAAAAAGAAAGUUCGAAUGAUUAUAUACACUUAGCGAACGAUAAGAUGGGCGAUCUCUCUCUUUCUCUCUAUGUAUAUACGUGCGUGCGCGUAUGUGUGUAUAUAAUUAUAUAUACACGCAUGCAUACAUUUGCUCUCUCAUCCUUGCUCUGGCAUUCACAGUUACAUGAUAAUUAAUAAUCGCGGUAAAAACAAUUGUACACGUAUUGAUUUAAAAUGCUAUAAAAUAUCGGAAGGAGCCGAUUUCUAGAAUCUAACGAGGCCCUAGCUUUUUAAUCGGCAGCAAUAAAUAAGUUAAGAUGUUUUGAUUCGAUGAUAGAGGGGUAAAACAUAAAAGAGGACAAACUCGGUACAGCUCGGAAGUUCGUUUCGCAGAGCGUCACUCCAAUUUGGUCGAGUGCUUUCGAUCAAGAUACUUUCGAAGAGUGGCUUUCAGUUGUGGCCGCGUCGUUCAUUCAACAUUACUUUUAUCAUUUUCUCUAUUUUAAUUUUCUAACGUGUAACGUUUAAUCGAGUAAGACGAAAGACAUAUACGAGAUCAUUGGCGAGCGACGCUCCCAUGAAUUCCUUGAACGAAAGGAAUGCAAGGCAUUGAGAAAUAAAAUUUAAAAGAAAAUACAUAUUUUUUUCAUUGCACACAAAUCAUACAUACAUUACUAUUCGCACGAUAUAACGAUUAAAUCGUCGUCGAAGCUGGAGCAGGCUACCACUGAUCGAUUUUGCGUGUAUACAUUUCCCUGAUCUGGUAUGUAUGUGUAGAUGUUAAGUAUAUUGGGUCGGUGUGAUGAUGUUGCAAAGUUAACAGAUAAAAAAACAAGGUCAUUUUUGCGCCAACCUAGUAGUUGAACGAAAUAACGAAAAUGCGAAAACCUGAUCGAAUGGACGAGAAAUCGGUGAGAACGUCCGAUUCAUCGUUCGUCUAGCAUCGUCGUCGUCGUCGUCGUCGUC